AUGAACAACUUCUCUUCCUAUAAGAUUGGGAGUAACUUAUUGUGGAGUCAUUGUAGACGGGCCCUAAUCAAGACAAGUCAAUGCCGCUUACGACCUAAUUUCUAUUCUGCUGUCUGCUUAAACAAUGCAGACUAUAAUAUGUCUAAACUCCCCUCCCAUAUUUCAGAAAACUUAACUGAAAAUCGCACUAUGAAGCUCAAUCUUAGGAGACUCACUUGUUUACUGUCGAUUUUGUAUAUCUCUAGUGUAGCCGAAGCUAAACCAUUGGAGGCAGAUGCCAAUGUCACCGGAAUUGAUCAUAUAAGCACCCAUAACUACAGACUAUUAAAUGAAAUGGCACUUUUUUGUCAAGCCUCCUAUUGCAAAAGCUUAGUUCCCAUGAGUGAACUAAAAUUGGGGGAUAAGUGUUUCACUUCCUUUUGUCAAAAGAAAGAAAACAAAGAUAUUGAAAUUGCCUUUAUUUCCGAGCCUGUUGCGGGCACGCCUGGUGCUGGAUAUAUUGCAGUAGAUCAUGGACGCCAAUGGAUCAUUGUUGUAAUCAGAGGCUCUUCUUCGCUGGAAGAUUGGAUUGCUGAUUUUGCAUUCGUACCAAUUCCUUGGAAACCGUAUGCUGCCACUAAGUCAGGUGUAAAGUUUAAGUGCAAAAAUUGCAAGGUGCACAAAGGUUUUAAAGGAACUUCCGAUCUUCUGGAGAAAAGAAUGUGUGAAGCUUCAUCUACCUUGCAUGAAGAAUACCCUGAUUAUAAGUUUAUCGUAACUGGGCAUUCACUUGGUGGGGCCAUUGCAACCUUGAUUGGGGCAGACUUGAAAAUGAUGGGAAUGAAUCCCCUGGUAUUGAGUUAUGCUGGGCCAAAAGUUGGAAAUGAAAAUACUGCCGUUUACAUUGACAACCUUUUCAAAAACAGCGCCGCUAUCAAAAAAUUGGAUUCUGGAGGUGAUAUCACCCAAGGAGAUUACAUCAGGGUUGUUCACGUUGGGGAUUUAGUGCCAAAGGUUCCACCUUCAGAAUUCUUCUGGCAUGCGGGUGCUGAGUAUUUUAUUGACAAGUACGACCUCCCGCAUCCCCCUUCCAGCCUAGUCUUCAAGGGGAAAUACAAGUACAUGCCUUUGAUCUCUGACAUAGACAAUAUAAUCAGAGGAAACUUCCCAUUUGCUGCCCAUAAUGAGUACUUUCAUGUCGUCAACAAGUGUAACGCUUAG